AUGGUUGCCGCGCCGCGCCACGUUCUUGUCAUUACGUUGGUUUCUGUCGUCGACAUUCUUUCUGUAUUGACAAACCGGACACCAUCCAGCGGUCAACAAUUUGCCCCUCAGCUUAAUAUACCUACGGCCGCUCCAUUUCGAUCAGAACCUGCUCUAUACAUAGUAUUCGAUAUGGCUGGAUCAUUCUCGAAGAAAGGCUCGACGCCAUCUAAACAGUCUUUCAGGUCCAAGCAACAAGGCUCUGUGAAACGGAAUAGUAGUCUCCUGAACUUUUUCCAGAAGGCGGACGGCCCGCCGCAAGCCACGUCUCGACAGUCUCGGAUUACGCAAUUUGCAACGAAAGCAGACCGACCGACGGGUAGCGGGCAGGGCAGUUCGUCACUGCGACGGGAGGAUAGCUCGAAGAGUAACGGUGGUGGCGGGUUGUUCUUAGAUGAUCGGAAUGGGAAGAAGCCAGUCUCGAUAGAUCCUAGUACGCCCCCGCGGUCUCGGUCUCGGACACCUGACGAUAUCUGGGGUGAAGAUGAUGGGGAUCUAGUGGCUCCAAAGGAAGAGGAAAGGUAUAACGAGAAUGGGUCUGCGGUUAAGAAGCGUAAGGUUGAGUCAGAGUCAUCCUCCCCUCGGACCGAUCAGGUGAAAGAUGAAGCCUCUGCGACAAUGCCUGCUCCCGCAAAAUUGCGACAGGUUAGCGGGCCGUUCAUCGAUGAGUCUGAUAGUGAAGAGGAUAUGGGGGCGUUUGGAGAUUUCGGUAACGAGCCAGCGGUCUUGACAAAGGCCGAAGCCAAGAAGGACGCAACGGGCGUUGAUAAUGACCGGAACGAUGAUGAUCGAAACUCCGAUGUCGCCGUACCACCACUGGUAAGAGAAGCCACGAGCCAUAUCGAAGAUGAUGAACUUGCGAAUUUUGACGAUCUAGAAGAGAACGAUUUCGGAGGGAAAGAAGGACUAUUAGACCAGGAAAACGACGACGACGAAGAAGAAGGACCCGAAGAGAUGGUAUUUGGUUUCGACGAUUCGAACGAUUCGCCAGCUCUAGAGGAGUGCGAUGUGGAUCCUGGCGGCAGUGUAGCAGUGUGCCCAAUAUGCCAGAUCGAGUUGGUAGGCUUGAGUGACGUUGACAUGUCGGUGCAUGUCAAUGAUUGCCUUGAUGGGAAACCUACAGCUGUUUUACCAAAACCGAAGCUCGACACACCGGUAAAGGCGCUGACGCGUGCAGAACUCGCUUCCGUUGCAAGACCACCGCAAAAUGAUCCAUACUCCCCCGGCACAUCCAAGACAGCAUCCGCUUUCUCGAAGCUUAUGGCAGGUAAUGCGGAAGAUACAGCAUGGACAGUCGCGGCGGCCAGCGAAGUUAAGUCUAGGGGCAAGCAGGCAUAUCAGCGAACGUGUCCAUUCUACAAGAUUAUCCCAGGAUUCUCGAUCUGUGUGGAUGCUUUUCGUUAUGGAGCAGUCGAAGGAUGCAAUGCCUACUUUUUAAGUCAUUACCAUAGUGAUCACUACAUAGGCCUCACGGCCUCAUGGCGCCAUGGACCCAUUUACUGCAGCAAAGCCACUGGCAAUCUAGUCCGCCAACAGCUCAAGGUGGACCCGCGAUGGGUGGUGGAUUUAGAAUUCGAGAAGACUACGCAGGUCCCCAAUACUGGUGUUCAAGUUACUUUGAUCGAGGCCAACCAUUGCCCUGGAAGCGCCAUUUUCCUCUUUGAGAAGGCCAUGGGGUCUGGCCCGUCCAAGAGGAUUCAACGGGUCCUCCAUUGUGGCGAUUUCCGAGCAUCUCCUGCCCAUGUACAACACGCCCUUCUUCGCCCCGAGGUAGUCGACUCCGUCACGGGACAGAAACGGCAACAAAGGAUAGACGUGUGCUACUUGGAUACUACUUAUCUCAGCCCCAAGUACUCCUUUCCCAGUCAAAUCGAUGUCAUCGAAGCCUGUGCGGAGCUCUGUGUUAGCCUUGACCGAGGGGAGGACGAGGGCCCUGCUCCGUGGCAGUCACAAAAGGGAAAUAAAGGAGGCGGGAGUAUCAUGAGUAAAUUUUUCAACUCUGUGACAGGAUCGGGGAGGUCACAGGAGAGAUCGUCUAGCCCGCAAAGCCGAUUGUUGAUCGUCAUCGGCACGUAUAGUAUCGGUAAGGAGCGCGUCUGUCUAGCCAUUGCCCGAGCCUUGAAGAGUAAGAUUUAUGCCACUGCGGGCAAGCAACGAGUGUGCGCUUGCCUGGAGGAUGCCGAGCUUUCUUCGUUGUUAACGGAUGACCCCGUGGAGGCCCAAGUGCAUAUGCAGACGCUGUUCGAGAUUCGCGCAGAAACCUUGGCCGACUAUCUGGAUUCGAUGAAGCCGCACUUCACUCGUGUGGUAGGAUUCCGCCCGACAGGAUGGACAUACCGUCCACCCACAGAGAGGAUGUUGGACAACCCACCCGUCUCGACGGUGCUACAUUCUGCUCAUUGGCAGACGCCUUUCACCGCACGCGACCUGGUGCCCCAGCGCGGAAAAUAUGAUUGGGAGCUCAACCCCUUCACACCUUGGCGACAUAGUAACAGCAUAGAAAAGUGUAGGAGAAUUAUUACUGGUGGUGUCCUGUUCACCACCAAUGAGAGAGCCGGCAAACUGAUGGCGACCAACAGAACCGUGGUGUCCUGCAUUAUCCCGUCUUGCUGGAGAAGUAAAACAAGGACAAUACCCACCAUGAUUGCCGAGCUCCUGACGCCAACCGGCGCAGCGUAUGUGCUCACCGCCGCCGUCUUCGUGUACUAUAUCCUGCCCUACCUGCAGCUAUGGCGCUUACGCGAUAUACCCUCGCCCGGCUUCGCCGGCUUCUCCAACCUGUGGUUGAUGCUGCAGGCCCGCCAGGGGCACCGCUUCCUCACCGUCGACAACGCCCAUAAGAAAUAUGGUAAACUCGUGCGCAUUGCACCCAGACAUAUCUCUGUUGCCGACGACGAGGCUAUCCAGGCGAUCUACGGACACGGAAAUGGAUUCCUUAAGGCUGACUUUUACGAUGCCUUCGUUUCUAUCCGCCGCGGUCUCUUCAACACCCGCGACCGCGCUGAACACACCCGCAAGCGCAAGACCGUGAGCCACACCUUCUCCAUGAAAUCCAUUGGCCAAUUCGAACAAUACAUCCACGGUAACGCCGAGCUCUUCGUGAAACAAUGGAACCGCCUCGCCGAUACUCAGGCCAACCCCAAGACCGGCUACGCGACUCUCGACGCCCUGAACUGGUUCAACUACCUCGCCUUCGACAUCAUCGGUGACCUCGCCUUUGGUGCCCCCUUCGGCAUGCUGGAGAAGGGCCAGGACAUUGCUGAAAUGCGCAUGAACCCGAGCGACAAGCCCAGCUAUGUGCAGGCCGUCGAAGUCCUCAACCGCCGUGGUGAAGUCUCUGCUACCCUGGGUGCCUGCCCCAGUCUCAUUCCCUGGGCGAAGUUUAUCCCCGACCGUUUCUUCAAGGAUGGACUCGAGGCCGUGCAGAAUCUGGCUGGUAUUGCGGUCGCGCGGGUGAAUGAGCGUCUUCGGCCGGAGGUUAUGGCUAACAACACUCGUGUGGAUUUGCUGGCUCGUCUGAUGGAGGGCAAGGAUUCCAAUGGAAACAAGCUCGGCCGCGAGGAACUUACAGCCGAGGCGCUCACGCAGCUGAUCGCCGGUUCUGAUACCACGAUAUGUCAUUCCCCGCUCCCCCUAACCCCCUUGCACUACGUGCCCUGGCCAAAAGCUAACCAAGAGAACAGUCUCCAAUGGGUCAUCUGGGAAACCAUGCGUAUCCACAGCACUUCCGCCAUGGGCCUUCCCCGUGAAAUCCCCGCCGGCAACCCCCCCGUCACAAUUUCAGGCCAUACCUUUUACCCCGGCGAUGUCGUCUCCGUGCCCAGCUACACCAUCCACCGCUCCAAGGAAAUCUGGGGUCCCGAUGCCGAGCAGUUCGUCCCCGAACGCUGGGAUCCCAAGCGUCUGACUGCCCGCCAGAAGGCCGCUUUCAUCCCCUUCAGCACUGGUCCCCGUGCCUGUGUCGGCCGGAACGUCGCGGAGAUGGAGCUGCUCGUCAUCUGUGGAACUGUCUUCCGUCUGUUUGACUUUGAAAUUCAGCAGGACGGACCCAUGGAGACGAGAGAGGGAUUCCUCCGGAAGCCUUUGGGACUCAUGGUUGGAAUGAAGAGGAGGAGUGUUGCUGUUUAG